UCAACGGCCCACCAAAGGAGACUGGGGGAGCUCCAUCAUCAUCUUGGAUUUAUUACAUUUUCAAGGAUACUUGAGCGCAAAAAAGACCAUUUUAAGUAGAUUUUUUUUACUGAUUUUGGACUGGGGUAAAACAUUUGGAAACUUAAAUGGCCGAGUGAUCGUCUCAUGACUGAAMAGACCUUUACCUGAGAGGCUGAAGACUCAAGUCAAGGGGCAAAAAAAUGGAUCAAAACAUGUUUGGAGGAGCCCCCCGGUUUCUCACCCGCCCUAAGGCGUUCUCAGUGUGUGCAGGCAAGGAUGCCACCCUCAGCUGCACAGUUGUGGGGAACCCCACCCCACUUAUCACCUGGGAAAAGGAUAAGCUAAAGCUGGCAUCUGGAGGGCGUUUUAAAACUGUGGAGGAUGGAGAUGUGUACCGCCUGACCAUCUACGACUUAACGCUGGAGGACAGUGGUCAGUACAUGUGCCGAGCUAAAAACAACRUUGGCGAAGCCUACGCUGCCGUGACCCUUAAAGUGGCCCUGCCAACCGAGCUGUGUCAGAGGGCCCCUGUGUUCAUGGUGAAACCUACGUCCACUCGUGUAGGUUUGGGGGGCGAUGUUGUUUUCCAGUGCAGGGUUGCAGCUCACCCCGAGGCCAACUUUGAGUGGGAGAAGGAUGGACGCUACCUGGGGGAGACUAACCGCAUCAAGAUUGUUUCUGACACUGACAGCAGCACCUUAAAGAUCCAAAGUGUGCGCAACCUGGACGCCGGCACCUACAGCUGCAGGGCCCAGAACUCUGUAGGCCGUGCCCAAGCUGCAGCAGCUCUCGUCGUGGACGCUCAGGAUGCUCGCCGGACGGCUGCAGACAAGAGCACCUCUCUCCUCUCUCACAUGCAAAAACGCAAAGAGGAAAUGAAGAAGGAURUUUCUAUCUAUCGCACCGAGGAAAGCAGGUCCUCCACAGCCAACAAGACUGAUGCCUUGAGUUCUCUGAGUCUGGAACACGAGCUGAGGGCGUCAGCGCUGGCUAAGCUCCCUAAAGGUGUUUUUACCCGAACCUGCACAGUGACUGAGGGCAAACACGCCAAACUGAGCUGUUUUGUGACCGGUCACCCCAAACCACACAUUAUCUGGAGGAAAGAUGGGACAAACAUCAGUGAGGGCCGCAGGCACGUCAUUUAUGAAGACCACGCUGAGAACUUCAUCCUCAAGAUCUUGUACUGCAAGCAGACCGACAAUGGUCUUUACACCUGCAACGCAACCAACAUGGCUGGGCAGACCUACAGCGCUGUGUUGGUGACAGUCAAAGAGCCUAAAUUGCCUUUCAAGAAGAAGCUGCAGGAUGUGGAGGUCCAAGAGAAAACCUCAGCCUUGCUCCUGUGCGAGGUGCCUUACGUCGCCACACAGGCCAGCUGGUUCAUGGAGGAAACACGUCUGGAGCAGAACAGCAAAUAUCGCAUGGAGGAGGACGGCACCCUGCGGAGUCUGACCAUACACAACGUCACCACUAAUGACGAUGGCGUUUACAUCUGCGAGAUGAAAGAAGGCAGCCGCACUGUGGCUGAGCUCACAGUCCUUGGCAAUAUCACCAAGAAGCUUCCUCGGAGGACAGURGUUCCUGUCAGCGACACUGUCAUCUUCUGUGUCGAGCUGGAGCAUCCUUGCUCAGAUGCCUACUGGACCCGCAACGGCGAGAAGCUGAAGGAAGAUUCUCGUAUUUCCAUCGCCUGCGUGAUCAGACAGUACACGCUCACCAUUAAAAACUGCCAGGCAGACGACUCAGGAGAAGUGGCCUUUGUGGCCGGCGACUGCAAGACUUCCACAAGAUUCACUGUCACUGCUGCUCGAAAGCAUCCGCCCGAUCCCCCCGUCGAUGCUGUGGUGAAGAACAAGACAGACUCGUCCAUCACCAUUCAGUGGUCCCCUCCUGACAGUGACCGUCCUGUGCCCAUCAAAGGCUACAUUGUGGAGAGGAGGAAAGUUGGUGCUACGACGUGGCAGAGGUGCAAUGCUGGAGAAUCUCUUACUUCAACAGAAAUCACCGUUUGUAGCUUUGCUGAGGAAGCUAGCUACCAGUUCCGAAUCUCUGCCAUGAAYGACUUCGGCCAGAGUCCCUAUCUGGAUGUACCUGGAAGCUUUUAUCUUGAACCCACUGCAGAAAUCAAGAAAGGCCUAAUGAACAGCAYUGCAAUAACCGGGGAGGAAUUCUCGAUCUCCUUAGAGCUGUCUGCUGUGUGCUCAGGCUUCUGGUCCCUCAAUGGGCGCCUCUUACGUAGUGGCGCUGACUACCUCAUCACCAGGUCAAAGACCACACACACACUGCUCAUCCGUGUCGUGACCAUGGAAAUGAACGGCGCUGAAGUCAGAUUUGUUGGUGGAGGUUCACAGAGCAGCUGCACCCUAACUGUGAAGGCUCCUUUUGUUAGGUUCAUCAACAAGUCAGAUCAUGCAGAGGUCGUGACCUGCAGUGCCCAGGACACUGCUCAGCUGGCUGCUGAGGUGUCAGAUUAUGACGCACAGGUGACCUGGUUGAAAAAUGGGAGGGAGCUGAAAAUGGGCAAGAAGUAUGAAUAUGUGCUACAAGAUCGCAAGAGGAUCCUGAUGGUACACAAUGUUACGGAGGAAGAUGUGGGCAUUUAUGAGUGUGCUUUGGCUGAUGAUAGGAUGUCCAUACAGCUUGCCCUUAAAGAUGAACCUGCCAAAUUUAUAAAUAAAGCCAGAGGUCCCAUGGGAUUAUCAUCGUCUCUUAAAGGAGACCUUGAGCUGAGCUGUGAGGUGUCUCUAGCGAGCGCUGUCGUUGUGUGGAAAAAGGAUAAAGUAGAGAUUAAUGAGGACCAAAGAACUGCUAUUAUCUCCAAAGGGACUCAAAGGAAGCUCGUCAUUAAGGGUGCCAAGAAAAGUGAUGAAGGAUAUUAUUCCUGCGAGACAGCAGGUGAUAAAGUCACAUUCCAUGUCAAGAUAAAAGAAACCCAAGCAGUGGCUGCAUUCUCCAACAAAGAGUCAGUUCAGAAGGAGGUCAAAGCCAUUCUUUCCCAGAAAGCAAGUCUUAGCUGUGAUGUGACUGACAGCAAGACAGAGGUGAAAUGGUACAGGGAAGGCAAGUUGUUGGAGUCGAGUAGGAGGAUUUACUCAGAGGUAAAGGGCGGUACUCGUCAGCUGGUGAUUGAAAAGGUGGAGAAGAGUGAUGCUGGUGAAUACACCUGUGAGGCUGGAGGAGAUAAGCUGACCUUCAAAAUCAUCAUUUCCGAGGCUGAGUCAGUCUUCUGCAACAAGGAGUUGGUUCAGAGGGAAGUGAAAGCUACUCUCUCCCAGAAAGCUGUCUUGAGCUGUGAGGUAGCUGACACCAAGAUUGAGGCAAAGUGGUACAAGGAUAACAAGCUCCUGACAUCCAGCAAAACAAUCCACGCUGAAUCAAAAGGCAAGAGUCGUCAGCUGGUGAUUGACAGUGUGGAGAGGAAAGACGCUGGAGACUACAUCUGCGAGGCUGGAUCUGAGAAGCUGGUUUUUAAAAUCCAAGUAGCAGACGCACACAUCCAGUCUGCCUUCUUCAAAAAGGAGUCUGUUCAAAAGGAGGUCAAAGCCUCACUAUCGCAGAAAGCUACUCUGAGCUGCGAGGUGGCUGAUGUCAAAACAGGCGUGAAAUGGUACAAGGAUGGCAAGCUUCUGACAUCCAGUAAAACAAUCCACGCUGAAUCUAAGGGCAAGAGCCGCCAGCUGGUGAUAGAGAGUGUUGAGAGGAAAGACGCCGGGGAAUACAUGUGUGAGGCUGGGUCUGAGAAGCUGACCUUUAAGUUACAYGUUGAAGAGAUCCAACUCAAGUCAGCUUUUCACAACAAAGAGUCUGUCCAAAAAGACAUUAAAGCCCAUAUGAGUCAGAAAGCCAUCCUGACCUGUGAGGUUGCUGAUUCCAAGACAGAGGUGAAAUGGUACAAGGAUGGCAAACUGGUGACAUCAAGCAAGGCAAUGCGUAUGGAGUCAAAGGGCAAGAGCCGCCAGCUGCUGAUAGAGAGUGUUGAGAGGAAAGAUGCUGGGGAGUACACUUGUGAGGCUGGAUCUGAGAAGCUGGCUUUUAGGUUAAAGGUGGAAGAACCUCCCUCUGGACUCUCUAACACAGAGUCAGUCCAGAAAGAAGGGAAACCUUCUAUCUCUCAGAAAGCCACUCUGAGUUCUGAGGUUUUUGAUUCCAAAACUGAGGUGACAUCGUACAAAGAUGGGAAACCUCUGACUUCCAGCAAAGCAGCCCAAGCCGAGUCAAUUAGCAAGACUCGUGAAGUGGUGGUAGAGAAAACGGAGAAAAAGGGGGCUGCAGAAGUUGGAAGUGAGAAAACGGCCUUAAAACAGCAGUCGACAGAUGUAGCCGUCAAGUUCAAGAAGAAGUCUGUCAAUGAGGCAUUUAUUGUUGAAGAAAGUGAAAACAUUGUUUUAGCCGCUGAGCUGACCACAGAGAGUGUGAAUGUCAAGUGGUUGAGAAAUGGCUUGGAGCUGAAGGAGAGCAGCAAGUAUGAAAUGAAAAAAGAUGGUUUUUCUCAUACUCUGACUGUGAAAUCUGCAGAGACCAAAGACAGUGGAACAUAUUCCUGUCAAACACCUGAUGACAAAAUGGAGUUCAAAGUUCAAGUUAAAGAAUCAGCUUUGAAGUUUGUUGUUCCUUUGAAAUCUGCCUCCGUGGAGCUGGGAGGCAUACUUUCCCUGAUUUGUGAGCUAAAUCAGGCCUCAGGAGAUGUCGUCUGGCAACAUGACGGCUGUGAGAUUAAACCUGGAAGCAGGCACUGUGUCAAAGCAGAUGGUGCUAAGCGUGUUCUUACCGUAACGGGCGUGACGAAGGAAGAUGAAGGAAACUACAGCUGUGUGUGCAAAAAUGACAAGACUUCUGCUAAAGUAACCUCAAAAGCACCAAGACUCGUACGGUUGACCACCAAACUAAACAAUGUAGCUGCAACUGAAGGCAAAGACGCCAUUUUCAAGUGUGCCGUCACCCCAGCAGAUGUCAGUGUAAAGUGGUUCCACAACAGUAUCCCCAUCACUGCUGGACCCAAGUACAAAACUGAGCAUGGCGGUGGAAGUUUCUCACUUACCRUCACCUCCGUCACACAGAAAGAUGCAGGAGAGAUAAGUGUGGAUGCAGAAGGCAAAAGCUGCAAGGCUACUCUGCAGGUUCAACGUGAACCAGUGAUGUUUAAGAAAAAGUUGGAAAACCUGACCGUUGAGGAGGACAGUGAGGUGAAAUUGGAAGUGGAGCUUAGUAAAGCUUCGAGUGAUGUCAAAUGGAUGAAAAAUGGAGUAGUGCUGCAGCCUGCAGGAAACAUAGAGAUACGAGUCAACGGAAUAAAGCAGUCUCUGAUCUUCAAGAGAGUAGUUUAUACUGAUCGUGGUAUAUACACAUGCGAGACUCUGGAAGACAAAACACAGGCCAAGCUCACUGUUGAGAUGAAAAAGGUUCACCUCAUGAAAGGACUAACAGAAACCAAAGCAUAUGAAACAGAAACAGUAACCUUCGAGGUAGAGCUCAGCCAGGCGGAUGUUGAAGGCUCGUGGAACAGAGACGGUGCCAAGUUAAAGUCUGGGUCCAACUGUCGCGUCACAACCCUGGGAAAGAAGCACAACCUGACUCUGUCCAAUCUCAAGAAGGAAGAUGCUGGAUUGAUUUCCUUCCAAGCAGAGGGAGUUCAUACAUCAGCCAAACUGAUUGUAGCAGAACCUCGGGCUAUGAUCUCCAAACCCAUGAUGGACGUCAAUGUUCCUGAGAAGGAGAAGGUUAUUUUUGAAUGUGAAGUGUCCAGAACCAAUGCAGAAGUGAAAUGGUUCAAGGGUGAAGUUGAGCUAAAGCCAGGGAAGAACUUUGGUAUUCAUUCUUUGGGCCGUAAGCGGACUUUAGUUAUCCACAAGUGCACACCUGAAGAUGGAGGCACCUACAUCUGUCGCACCACUGAUGACAACACCUCUGCUAAGCUCAUUGUUCAAGCCAGAGAUGUCAAGAUUGUUAAGAAGCUGGAGGAUAUUGAGGUGACGGAGAAGGAGAGUGCUUCAUUUGUUUGUGAAAUCUCACAUGAUGACGUGGAUUGUCACUGGUACAAAGCAGGUACCAAACUUAAAGUUAGUGACAACAUCAAGAUGAGGCAGGAGGGCAAAACAUUUGUACUGUUGUUUAAGUCCGUAACUCCUGAAGAUGCRGGUGAGAUUAAAUUUACAGCUGAGAAAGCUUCUUCAACAGCAAAACUCAAAGUUAAAGAGCUGCCUGUCCAGUUUGUGAAGAAACUCAGGGAUAAGAUCGCAAUGUAUAAGCACCGUGUUCAUCUUGAAUGCCAAGUUUCACGAGCCAGUGCAAAGGUGAAGUGGUUCAAAAACAAGACGGAAAUCAAACCGAGCAAAAAGUACGAGAUUAAAAGCGAAGACGUGUACCGAAAGCUCACCAUCAACGAUGUGGACUGUGGAGAUGAAGAYACGUAUACCUGCGACGCUACUGAUGACAAGACUUCAUGCAAACUGCUUGUGGAAGAGCAGUCCAUAAAUAUUGUGCGGGAACUCAGCUCUGUGGAGGUGACAGAACCCUUUGCAGCUGUGUUUGAAGUUGAAAUUAGCAUGGAACUGGUGAGACCCCCUGUAUGGACUCUGAAUGGAGUUGCUGUGCAAGAGGGUACUGAUGUUGAGAUGGAGAAAGAAGGCACUCUGCAUCGUCUCACUUUCAAAAAGACCAAAGCAUCGAUGACAGGACCUGUGCAGUUUACUGCUGGGAAGAGCAAAUCUUUAGCUCAGCUCACUGUUAAAGAGCGCCCACUUGAGAUUGCAGAGCCCAUUAAAGACGUGAAAGCAAAGGAGAAGAGUGCUGCAAUACUCUCUUGCAAAUUUUCUGCAGCACCCAAAGAGGUUAAUUGGUUCAAAGGUCAGGCACGUCUGACAGCGUCAGAUAAGUACAACAUAAAGCAAGAUGCCACAAGGGCCCAAAUUACGAUUCAAAGAUUGACCGAAGAAGAUAGUGGAGAAUAUCGCUGUCAGUCAGGACCAGCUGAGACUAAAGGCACUCUUACUGUUGAAGUCCGUGAAAUUAAGAUCACCAAGCAUCUAGUCGACACCGAAGUUGAUGAAGACAGCGAUGCAGUCUUCACAUGUGAGAUCAACUACGCAGAUGAAGAAGCACAGUGGCUUCUGAAUGACAAGGUGCUCUUCAGUAACGAAGUCAACACCAUCACACAUGAAGGAAAGGUCCACAAGCUCACACUAAAAAAUUUAGCUCCCCAAGAUGGCGGAACCAUCGUGUUUCAAGUCCGCAAAGUGAAAGAGUCUGCCACGCUCAAGGUUAAAGAGAAACGUGCAGUGUUCCUCAAGUCACUUGAUGAUGUCAUCGGCGAGGAGAAGGGCUUGAUAACUUUGGCGUGUGAGGCAUCCAAGCCAAGGGUGUCUCCAGUUUGGAGAAAAGAUGGUAAAAUCUUAAAAGCAGGAACAAAAUAUGAGCUCCUUCAUUCAGGCAAGUCUUUAGGACUGAUCAUCAAGGACGUCACCAAAGAGGAUGCUGGAGAGUACAGCUGUGAUCUCGGCACAGAGGUUUCAAAGUCAAAGGUCACUGUAAGAGAAAUUGGUGUUGCUAUUACAAAGUGGCUGAAAUCAGCUGAAGUGAAUGAAGGAGACACGUGCAGCUUUGAGUGCAUUCUGUCUCGUGAGAGCACAGAUGAGUGCUCGUGGACCGUUAACGGGCAAACUGUUAGAAACGGAGGCCGCAYUAAGAUCACAAGUCAAGGACGCAAGUACAUGCUGACAAUAAAGGAUGUCACCACAGCUGAUGCUGGUGAGGUGGUCUUUAGCAUCAAAGAGCUGUGCUCCAAAGCCACAUUAAAAGUUGAAGGAAAAGCUUCAUCUUUAUCCAAAGGACUUCAAAAUAUUUCUGUAGUUCAAGGCGAAGAUGCUGUUUUCACCUGUGAGGUGACACAGUCUAGUUCUAAAGUCAAGUGGGCCAAGGAUGGCAAAUCCAUCAAGAAAAGCCAGAAGUAUGAGAUCAGCCAGCAAGAGAAGAUCAUGAAGCUGAACAUUCAUAGCGUAUCUGCUGAAGACUCUGGAGAGUACAGUUGUGAAGUUAUUGGAGGUGCAACUACUAAAGCUAGGCUAGAAAUAAAAGAACCAAUCCACAAAUUUAGCAGAGUGCUUGAGGAUGUUCAAGCAGACGAGAAGAGCUCUGUGACCUUACAGUGUGAAACAGCCCAAACGCCAUCCACAGUGGCGUGGCUGAAAGGCCACACAGAGCUCAAGGCUGGAGGUCGAUAUGAGAUAUCCCAGAAGGAGAGGGUCCUAACUCUGACCAUCAAACACCUUGAGGAGAAAGAUACAGAUAUCUACACAUGUGAUGUGGGUACUGCCAAAAGUGUAGCAAAGGUGACCAUUAAAGUCCUGCCAGCCAGUUUCAGUGAGAAGCUCAAAAACCAGAGCAGGAAUGAAGGGGACACAGUGACACUUUGCUGUGAGGUAUCAAGACCAGCUGAAGUCCAGUGGAUGAAAGGCUUUGAGAUCCUCAAACCGGGAGACAAAUAUGAUAUGAAGCAGAAAGGCACAUCUUGUACACUUCAAAUUUUAAAUCUGAAGGUUGAAGAUGGUGGAGAGUAUUCUUGUACAUGUGGGGACCAGAAAACAUCUGCUACCUUGAAAGUGAAUGCGUUGCCACCRACCUUUGCACAAAAGUUGAAGAACCAGGAGGCUGAAGAGGGAGCCAGUAUUGUACUGAGCUGUGAGCUCUCCAAACCUGGGGUCCAAGUGGAGUGGAAGAAAGGAACCCGGAUCCUGGAGUCCAGUGAGAAGUACCAGCUGAGCUGUGAGCUCUCCAAACCUGGGGUCCAAGUGGAGUGGAAGAAAGGAACCCGGAUCUUGAAGUCCAGUGAGAAGUACCAGAUGAAGCAGAAGGCUUCUAUGAAUGAACUCCAUAUUACCAAAGUGGUUCCAGAAGACAGUGGAGACUACAGCUGUGUGUGUGGAGACCAGAAGACCACUGCCAGUCUAAACAUAAAGGUUCUGAAGCCGUCCAUUCCUACUUCAGCUGCUAAACCAGAAACCAAGAUGCAGGAGACCAAAGAAAAAACAGGAGUUACAAUGGGUGACUUUUCUUCUGUAGCUGCUAAAACCUCUCAGAAGAGGCAGGAGAUAUGUGAGACAGUAGAAGCUGUGACAAUGCCGGCUACAGGAGAGGCACCUAAAGAGCAGCUUCUCAAACAGGAGGUUCAGAGAGGUUCAAGAGAGCUUGAAAUGGGACGUGAAGCUGAGAAGACUUUUGCUGAAACAGCUGUCAGGGAAGAUGCUCAAAGCCAGAGGACCAAAGAUCAAGGACAAGUUGUUCCGGUCGCAUGCACUCGAGACCUGGUCGGCCAAGUUUGUGAGGAGGGAGGUAGUGUCACUUUUCUCUGUGAGCUUUCUAAGCCCGGACUUCCUGUACAGUGGAAGAAGGAAAAUGAAAUCCUGAGUUGUGGAGAAAAGUACCACAUGAAGCGAACUGGACUGCGUUAUGAGCUGCAGAUCCUCCAUUUGACUCCUGGAGACACAGGAAGAUAUUCAUGCUGUUCAGAGGAUAGUUCACUAAGCUCAGCAUCUCUUGUAGUAAACGCUCUCCCAGUUUUUUUCACGAGAGAGCUGGAAGGCCGGACGGCAGAAGAAGGAAGCAGUGUCACGUUACACUGCGAGCUUUCGAAACCUUGUGUUCCUGUGGAGUGGAGGAAAGGAGAGCUUGGCCUUUGUCCUUGUGCCAAAUAUGAAAUUAGACAGACAGGACACAUGGCUACCCUAGUAAUCCACGAUGUUGACCCUGAGGAUUCUGGAAGUUACAUGUGUGACACUGGUGAACAUCAAAGCACUGCGCAAGUUGCUGUGAAGGCCAAACCUGUUCAUUUCAAAACCAAGCUACAAAACCUGGAAAGGCAGGCAGGAGAAACGGCUUGUCUUCGCUGUGAGAUCUCAAAACCUGGCGCCGGUGUGGUUUGGAGGUGUGGCAACAAGGUGCUCACAACUAGUAGCAAAUAUCAUCUGAAACAGGAAGGAACGCUGGUCGAGCUUUUCAUCUAUAAACUGCAGAAAAGUGAUGCAGGAGAAUACUCUUGUGAUACGGGCUACCAGAAGACCUCAUCUGUCCUCUCUGUGAAGGCUUCUGAGGUCAGCAUACUGAAGUUCUUGGAGAGUUGCGUGGCAAGCGAGGGCGAAGACGUCCGCUUCGAGUGUCAGCUUUCCCACGAGGAGACGCAGGUCCAGUGGAAACUCCAGGAUGUCCCGCUGCAGAAUAAUGAAAUGAACCUGAUCAGAACUGAGGGGCGGGCGCACAACCUCACACUUCGAGGUGUCACGGCAGCUGACUCUGGAACCAUCACUUUCACUGUUGGAAACCACACGUCCACUGCUUCUCUGACUGUCCGAGCGGCACCAAUAACCUUCAAGAAGGAGCUGGAGAGUCAAGAAGCCAGAGCAGGAGGCGAGGCCACGCUGUCCUGUGACACGUCCAGCCCUGACAGCAAGGUGACCUGGUGGAAGGGCUCAACUGUACUCUCUCAGGGCGAGAAGUACACCAUGCAGCAGAAAGCUACCGCUCACAGUCUUGUUAUACACAAGCUAAGCAUGGAAGAUAGUGGUGAAUAUACCUGYGAUACGGGAGACAGAAAAAGCACUGCUACCCUGACUGUUAAAGAGCGUGUGCGCAUCGUCCGAGAGCUCAGCGACRUCACCGUGACCUCCGGCCAGGACGCCGUCUUCGAGGUUGAGCUGUCACACACGGGAGUCAGUAAUGUGGAGUGGUGGCUCAGCGACAACCUCCUUCAAAAUAAUGAUCUGAACCAAAUGAGUAGCCAAGGCAGAGUGCACCGACUGGUUCUGAAGAUGGUAACCGCAGACGAUUCGGGUGAUGUCGCCUUUGUCGUGGGAGAGGAGAAGAGUGUGUCUUUUCUUCUGGUAGAGGAGAAACCAAAAGUGCUGAUUUUAGAGAAGCCACACGACACUGUGGCAAUAGAAGGGGAAAUGGUCACUCUUGCCUGCUGCAUCUCGGACCCAAACGCUACAGUCAACUGGAUUAGGAACAAAGUGGCCAUCCGAGCAGGUCUCAAGUAUGACCUGAAGAAGAACGGAGCGUUCCAUCAGCUUUGUAUCCACAACCUGGUAACUGAGGACGCAGGAACAUACACCUGUGACACUGGAGAUGYACAGUGUGACGUCACACUGACUGUGCAAGGUGCUCCAGUGUUCUUCCGGAAAGAGCUCAAGAACCAGGACACUAUAGAGGGUGACGAUAUCACCCUGCACUGUGAGUUGUCUAAGCCAGGUGUUCGCGUCGAGUGGCGAAAAGGGGGCGUUGUCCUCCAGCCGGGUAACAAGUAUGAGAUGAAACAGGAAGGGCGCGUUCGAGAGCUCUGUAUACAUAACCUGGAGCCUGAGGACAGUGGCUACUACACCUGUGAUGCAGGAGACCAGCUCACUACAGCUUCUUUGGCAGUGCAAGUGAAAGAGGUCCUCAUUGUUUCUGGUCUUAAGAGCACUGACGUCUUUGUUGGGGAGUGGGCAACUUUCUCCUGUCAGCUGUCCGGUAGGGCACCAUGCAGGGUGCAGUGGUGGCUGGAUGGCACCUUGUUGGAGAACUGCCCCUCUGUAGAGAUAGGGCAGGAGCAAGGUUACAUUCACACGCUCACCUUUAAGAACCUCGCAACAGAUGACUCUGGCACUGUCACCUUCAAAGCAGGCAGUUUAUCCUCAACGGCCAAGCUCUUAGUCAAAGACCCCACAGUUGAAGUGGUGAACAAUAUGGAGGACCUUUGGGUGGUUGAAAACCAACCUGCUGAGUUCAUCUGCCAGUUCUCGAGGCCAGUCAAGGCUCAGUGGAGGAAAGACGGGCAACCUUUGAGGCCUGAUGGUCGAAGGGUGGUAGUGGAGCAGGACUGGAGUGUGGCUCGCUUGUACAUUAACCGCGUGUCCACUGAGGACAUGGCAACAUACUCCUGUGAGGCAGAGGGCACCUGUGUGGUUGCUUCACUUUAUGUGGAAGUCAAACCCAUUCACAUUGUUCAAGGCCUGGAGGAUGUGGAAGCUCUUGCUGGAGGUGAAGCACUUUUUGAGUGCGCCCUGUCUCGCCCUGAAAUCAAAUGUUGCUGCUGGCUUUUAGAUGGAAAACCAGUGAAAGAAUCCUCUAAGGUUGAGGUUGUGUCAUUUGAAAGUGGCCGUCGCCAUUUGCUCCUCUUGAAAGAGCUGUGUGUAGAGGACAGCUGCACUGUGACCUUUAAAGCUGGUACCGCGUCCACCACUGCCCAACUCACCGUCAAAGAAAUAAAGCUAGAGAUCGUGAAGGAUUUGGAGGACAAAGUGAUCGCAGUGGGAGAGGAUGCUGAGCUCUGUGUUAAGCUGAAUGAGCCUGUCCCUGCAUCAAAAGUGCUCUGGCGUGCUAACGGAGUUGAUAUAGAGCCUAGUGACCACUGGGCCAUGAGGGCUGAUGGCAGCUCUUAUUACCUCGUCUUGAGACGGGCUCCUCUCAUGCCUCGGCAGGAAAUUACCUUCACCGCUAAAAACGCUUUUGCUUGGGCYUUCAUUACAAUUAUCACUGUACCCGAUCCUCCGGAGGAGCCAGAAGUCCUCAGCAAGACUACAGAAUCAGUCACUCUGUCUUGGUUCACCCCGCUUCAUGAYGGAGGGAGUCCCAUUCUGGGCUACAGAGUGGAGAUGCGACUUGUAGAUAGUGCCCUCUGGCUUCCAUGUCAUUCCGAGCCUGUUUGCAAUACAGAGUUUGUGGCAGAAAAUCUUACCCCAGGGAGUGGCUACAGGUUUAGAGUGGCCGCCAUCAACAGAGCAGGGACCGGAGAACCCGUUGAGCUUCCUCUGACCAUACAGCUUGAUGCAAAACCAGCAGAAGUACUGGGACAGCCUAGUCUGCCCCCUGAAGCUGCUGAAGAAGCGGAUCUUCACGAGUUGUGGGAAGCGUCGACCAAAAAACGGCGCAUGAGUCGAGAGCCCACUCUGGACUCCAUCACCGAACACCCGGAGGACGAUGGUAAAGGUGUUCAAAAGAAAAAAGGACAGGGCGAGGUUUUAUUAUCGGAGAAAGAUGUCCAAUCAGCUGAGAAAGACCAAGUCAAACCGGCUGAGAAGGAUCAGCUCAUUGUGUCCAAGAAGCAGGCAGAAUCCAUCCAGUCUGUCAGCUCAGAGGAAGCAAGUGUUUCUGCAGGCUCAAGCAUUGUAUCUUACCUGAAAAAGAGUAGCACAGCCGCCGUCACAGCAACCACUGAAGCAAAGACUUUAACCACUGAGAGGUUUUUUGCACAUUUUCAAACGGAAGAGAAGAAAACAGUGCAGCAGACUGGAGCCAAAACGACUGUAGUUCAGCAAAAAGCUGAAAAACAGGCAUCUGCACAGGAGACCAGCACCRUGGAGAUCACAAAAGAGGAUGAGCCUGACCUUACUGAUGCUGCUAUUAAGAUCCAAGCUGCCUUCAAGGGCUACAAGGCUCGCAAAGACAUGCGUCCUGCCUUUAAAGACGUCUUCAAAGAGCAGACCAAAGAACCAAAUGACACCAUACAUCUGGAAUGUGUGACAGAAGGUAAGCCUGAUAAGGUGCGCUGGUUGAAAGAUGGAGAACCCCUGCUUGAUGGCAAGCAUUAUCAUAUUGAUAUCUACAAUGACGGCACCUGCUCUCUGGUCAUUACUGCCAUAACCACCAAAGACACUGGGGUUUACACUUGUGAGGUCACAAACAAGUUUGGAGUUGCUUCCCAUAGUGCUAAGGUGACAGUAGGAACAGUAAGAGACUCGUCAGAGCGAAGACCCCUGACAGUGGGUUACAGUGCAGACAGUGAGCCGGAGAGCUCCUCUGGUAGUGAGAUGGAUGAGUCACUGAGGCAGGCAAGCAAACGCCUCAGGCGUCUAUUGCGCACACGGCUCCCACCUGAUGUAGAGGAAGAGCAGUUCCUCAGUGCAGAUGAAGGCGACUUGCGUCCCCCAGAUCCUCAUUCCUACCGUGAGGAUGAAAAUUACAUUUACAUUCGCUUUGACUCCCAGUCGGAGGCUGAGGUGGCCUCUAAGAGAUUCCAGGAGAUGUUUACAAUCCACGGAGUGCCUGUGGAGACUGCCAUCAUACCAGCAGGGCCUCCUAAAGUGGAGUUGAAAAUUAGAAAGAUGGGUUACAUCCAGGAUGGCACACAGACUCCCACUCAAGAUAGACAGCCUCCUGCUUUUAUGACUGGAGCUCCAGCUGCCCCAGUCUUCUUGACAGAGCUCCAAAGUCAGGAUGUUCCAGAYGGUUAUCCUGUUAGCUUUGACUGUGUUGUGAUUGGCAAGCCCCCGCCCACUGUUCGCUGGUAUAAGGAUGGCAAACUACUGGAGGAGAAUGACCACUACAUGAUCAAUGAGGACCAAGAGGGCUGCCACCAGCUCAUCAUCACCUCUGUGCUGCCCACUGACAUGGGCGUCUAUCGCUGCACAGCUGAAAACAGCAGUGGCAUUGCUGCCACCAAAGCUGAACUGCGAGUUGACAUGUCUUGUAGCUCAGAUUAUGACACAGCUGCUGAUGCCACUGAGACUUCCUCUUACGUCAGUGCUAAGGGCUAUGCCUCCAGUAGAGAAACGGAGACAUUUGAGUCUGUUGCUGAGGACGAUCAGCUACCACAGAUUGUAGAUGAACUUCACGAUGUUCACGUCAGCCCAGGUUCACCCAUCGCCAAGCUGCAGCUCAGAGUAAAAGGGUUCCCUAAACCCAGAGUAUACUGGUUCAAAGAUGGUCAACCUCUGCAAGCAUCAAAAAGGAUUUCCUUGUCAACAGAGAGAGAUGUUCAUGCUGUAGAGAUCCUGGAGGUAAAGAAAGAGGAUAUGGGGGAGUACUCUGCCUACAUCAGCAAUGCUGCUGGUUCUUCUUACUCCUCUGCCCAACUGAUAGUACUGAGUCCUGGAGAAAUUAUGCCACAAGUUAAAAAAGACUCCAAGGAGCAUCUGGUGCCGCCACGAUUCCUUGAAAAGUUCUGCAACAGGAAAGUGAAACAAGGAAAAAGCAUCACUCUGUCAGUCAAAGUAGAAGGAUCUCCUGCUCCGACAGUCUCGUGGCUGAAGGAGAAAUCAAUAGAGGAUGUCUUGUGGAUCAAGCCUGAUACUAAGGGAUACAAAAUAGCAAGCUCAGGUCGCCAACACAGCCUCAUUCUGAUGGACGUGGACACAGAGUAUGCUGGCAUUUAUACUUGUAUCGCCACAAAUAAAGCAGGGCAAUCCAUUUGCAAUGCUCAGCUCGAGGUGGAUGAAACACCACAACCAAAGAAAGAUACCAUACCCUCAGAGGUUCUUGGAAUUACAGUCAGUCCUCCAGAAGCAGGAGUCCUUAAAGGAAAGGAAGAGGGUAAAAUCCCCUACUUAGGUGAAGUCGGGUCAGAGGAAUUCCUCAUGAAACUCACCUCUCAGAUCACUGAAAUGGUAUCGGCAAAAAUCACUCAAGACAGUUUACAGAAUGAUGAAGUGCUCCAGUGGAUGAAAACUUGGCCCAAAUCUUCCACUUCAUUACGCGUCCCAGGUGGUGACAGUGAUGAAGAGACCAAAACUCCUUCUCCGACACCUCAUCAUGGCCGCUCCCAUCCUCCCUCCCUCAMCGCGGAUUCCUCCUCAGAGUCUGAUGAAGGAGAUGCCAGAGGAGAAAUGUUUGAUAUUUAUGUGGUGUCAGCUGACUACAACCCCACCAUYGCAAGCAAAGAUUCCAUUUCUCUGAAGGAGGGACAGUAUGUUGAGAUUCUGGACUCGGCUCAUCCACUGAAGUGGUUAGUUCAGACCAAACCCACUAAAACCACCCCAUCGCGACAAGGCUGGGUGUCACCUGCGUACCUGGACAAAAAACUCAAACUCUCAGCGGAGACUGGGGAGCUUCCAGAAACAAGUGGGGAGGAGGUGUCAGAGGGAGAGUACAAGAGGAAGUUAUUCCAACUGAUACAGGACUUGAUAAGUGGAGAAUCUGAGUUUGUGAAGGAGGUGGAUUUCUUCACCUCUCACCACCUGAAGCACGCUGAGAGUUCUGACGCCCCUCCGGAUGUCUCCACCCAGAAAGAGACCAUUUUCAGAAAUAUCAAUGAUAUCACAUCCUUCCAUAGCAAGACAUUCCUCCCCAAGCUUUAUGAGUGUGACACAGAUGAUGAUGUGGCCAUGUGUUUCCUGAAAAACAAAGAGGGCUUUGAACAAUACCUUCAGUACCUUGUAGGCCAGAGCCAGGCCGAAUCUGCUGUCAGUGAGAGGACUGUCCAUCGCUUCUUUAAGGAGUACACYGAGAAAGAACAAACAGAAUCAAAAGCUACAGAUCCUCCCGUACGAAGCAUCGACACCUACCUCCAACAACCGCUGGAGAGGAUUCAGAAGUACAAGUCCCUGCUUAAGGAGCUCAUUCGAAACAAGGCAAAAAAUGGUAAGAACUGCUGCCUGCUGGAAGAAGCAUAUGCAAUGGUGUCUGCACUCCCGCAGCGUUCUGAGAAUACCCACCAUGUCUCACUGAUUGAGAACUAUCCUGCUACCCUGGAGGUUCUUGGAGAACCAAUUAGACAGGGGCCCUUCCAAGUGUGGGAGGGCGCUCCUGGAAUUAGAACAUCCUCUAGAGGUCACCACCGCCAUGCUUUCCUCUUCAAGAACUACUGCAUAAUCUGCAAACCCAGAAGAGACAGCAACACAGAUACACAGACUUAUGUUUUUAAGAACAUGAUGAAGCUGAAUAACAUUGAUGUGAAUGAAACAGUGGAAGGUGAUGACCGUGCCUUUGAGAUCUGGCAUGAACGAGAGGACUCUGUGAGAAAAUACACUUUACAGGCUCGAACUGUUACCAUCAAGAACUCGUGGCUGCGAGACCUCAGAGAACUGCAGCAGCGAUACACCAUGGGURUAUGGAGUCCCCCUGAUUUUGAAGAAAUUUUGGCAAACUGCACAGCAGAGCUGGGCCAGACUGUUAAACUGGCCUGCAAGGUCAUAGGAGUGCCAAAACCUGUAGUCACUUGGUACAAGGAUGGCCGCACAGUAGAGGCAGAUCCUCAUCACAUCAUUAUUGAGGACCCUGAUGGCUCUUGCACRCUGAUCUUGGAUAACAUGACUGCAGAUGAUUCUGGCCAGUACAUGUGCUUUGCCACAAGUCCAGCUGGAAAUGCAAGUACUCUAGGAAAAGUCACAGUUCAGGUACCUCCUCGUUUUGUGAACAAAAUGAGGAAUGCCAUCUUUGUUCUUGGUGAAGAUACGCAGUUCACUUGUGUUAUACAAAGUGCUCCUAGCCCCAAAAUAAGGUGGUUUAAGGAGGGCAGGCUGCUGACCGACCAGGGCAAGUAUCAAACCUACAGUGAGCUUCGUAGUGGGGUUCUGGUCCUGGUUAUAAAAAACCUGACAGAGAGAGACCUUGGACACUACGAGUGUGAGCUGUCGAACCGUCUGGGCAGUGCCAAGUGUGCUGCUGAUUUAGUCCUCCCUUCUGCUGUGGCUCGCACUGGUGAGCAGGCCAUCACCAUUGAAGUGACCGAGCAGGAAACUAAAUUACCAAAGAAAACCAUCAUCAUUGAGGAAACGAUUACCACUGUGGUGAAGAACCCACGUUUGAGGAGACACAGAUCCCCUGGCUUGGCUAUCGUUGGCGCCCACCGCUCUGAGACUUCCACCCCUGAGCUCCUUUCAGCCAGGCCAAGAAGGAUGCCCACUCCAAGAAAAACAACCAUCCCAACCCUUUAUGUUACUGAGCCCGAGGGCGCUGAUGCCAGGGCAGUGGAGAGCAAGCCCAGGUGGGUUGAGGUAGAGGAGGUCAUUGAGUACAAGGUCAAUAAGUCUCCCAGGCUGUCGAGGAGAAGAGGUGUCUCACCUGCAGGGUCUGACCGUGUUGCCACCCCCUCAAGACCCAAGAGGUCUACAAUGGAAAACCCAAAUGUUAACAAUUCCAACAACAAGCUAGUGGAGCAAACCCAGACACAUUGUGAGGGGGGGAUCAGCAGCCAGCCCCUCUCUUGGGACGAAGAUAAUAUUGUCCCUGGCUCUGCCUCUGGAGAGCCAUGUGAACUUUCUUCUGUCCUUACGCCUGCUGGAGAAGACAUCGAUGACCAGGACGACGAACAAACUGUCAUCUUUGAACCUGAUGAUGAAGAUAAUGAAUAUAAUCCGUUAACAACCCAAGAGCCUGUGAAGCUGAAACAAGGAGAUUGUAUUUUGAACCUUGAAGACUUGGAGGAUUACAUCCCAGAGGAAGGAGAAACCUACGGCUCCUCUGACGCCCACUGUGUUUCAGAGGAAAAACCCUGUGAGAUCUCUGUUCUCCAGAGAGAGAUCGGUGGUUCCCAAGUAGGACAACCAGUUCUUCUCAAUGUGGGGCGGCCCRACAUCGUGCCAAGGCAGAGGAGCAGCUUCUUCGGUCGCUUCAGGGAGCAUCUCUCCAACAGCGUUUUCUCAUCCGCCUUCCCACAAGCUGCUGAGGCUCGGCCCAGGGCGGAGAGGCAAGUUCCAAUCCGAGUGAGCCACGCCAAGGUGGAGGUGAAGCCUUCAUACUGCUCCGAGGUGCAGAGAGACAAGAGCAGGCAGCAGAGCUUUAAAACCAAAGUCUCUACUCAGACUUACGGUUAYGCAUCAGUUGGCAAUCCCGUCACUCUACAAAUUAAAGAAGACCUUUGUGAAAACCUGUAAGCAAGUUUCAUUUGGUACCACCAGUUCUUAGUCUUAAAUAGAUACAUUGCUACUGACAUGAUUUAAAUACCUGCUGCGUUUGACAAAACCAUUCCAUUGUGAAGCAGCCAAUCAAAAACUAGUUUGAUUCUCAAAGCUAAUUUAGUGAUUAACGGUUGGAGUCAUGCUUUCUUUAGGCAAGUGGAAAACUGUAUGAAUAUUUUUUCCUAUGUAAGCAGGUUUAAGUCUCGAUCAGUUGAACUGCUUCUCAACAUGCAGUGUGAACCAUGUGAGAAAUUUGCCAAAUAAAUCCGUUUGACGUUUUUGUCACGUAGAUCUUUACUAAAUCACGGUUUUACCAAUUUKAACAGAUCCAGGUCAUAUCCUUAGGAGAAACUUUUGACUUUAUUCACAACAAGCUGUUAUUUAGUGCAUUUCUGUAUCGUGUUUUCGGAGUUUUGAUUUUGUACUUUUCAGAAAUGUUGCGUUUUACAGUGCCUUGGAUUUCCUGGAACAAGAAAUAAUUGCAGUUAUUUAACAUGUCGACUUUACAUUUGACUUUAAUGCUUGCUGUUAAAAAUCAAGAUUAUAGAAUAAGGUUUUGUUGGUUUGAAUGAUUCCUUUGCCAGCAGUUAUACAAAUAUUACACUUGUUCAAUCAGAUAUAGGUAGACUGCAACCCGUUUUACAAAAAAAACUGUAAAAACAUGCAAACUCACAGGGAUGUGUUGGUGACAUAUUUAAAGUGCCUGCAUGUAUGAGCUUUUUCAGAUGUCUAUUUAGCGCAACUAGAAAUAUCCAGUUGUGUUUAAGUGGAAAUGUGUGCAAAGCACUGAAGCUCGCAGGAUCUAUGACUUUAGUGUGACGAAAAAGUGGGUGGUUUAAUGUCCUCCGUAAAAAAAUGUGUGGAGUUUUUGUUCUUGAAAGAUGCCUUUACAAGGAAUAUGUUGUGAAUUAUUAAAAGCGCUAAGAAUGUAAUAGCUUGUACUGUACAUGUGUAGUUUUGGACAAAACAAGGUUGAAUACAAAGUGUUGAUUUAAAUAAAUGUACAGCAACAAAUUCAACCUAACUUGUUUUUUUUUCUUCUAUAUUUUACCCUACAACACAUGCAGAGCAAUUUGAUGCUUUACCUUUUUAUUGUUUCAACGUGUAACACAAUUAGACAUGAAAUAAAUUUGAGAUAGGACUACACACAGUUCAUUUAUGCUGCAUUAAACCAACUCAAGAUAUAAAUAGCAAUGUCAGAAACAAAACUUUCAGCCCAGAGGAAUGGAUGUUACAAGGUGCUUAAAUGCAAUGGUGCUGAAAAUUUGUAAUGCAAAAUGUACAAAUACAUUAUACUUUAAGUAAAACUACAUGUUUUCUAUUUACGCAAUAUACAAAAUACAAAAUGUUAAUAUUUGUCAGCUAUUUGAGUAGAGUUUGCGUCUUCUCCCUGUGCAUUUGUGGGUUUUCUCCAGAUGUUUCUUUGUGGCCCUGUGACGAACUUCCAACCUGUCCACGCUGUACUCCGUCUCUCACACAGUAACUGUGAGAAAUAGGCACCAGCUCUCAAAUGACCCAGAAAGGAGAAGCGGGUAGA